AUGGGAAACAUAUUGGAAUUAUUAAAAAAACACGUAUUUCGUCGUCGCGAGGCAAAUUCUAAGUAUUCUCGUUCACAACCAGAUCAUCCAGAGCGUCUUCCUGUAGAUAAAUUAACAACAAUUGAAAAAGUUACGCAAGAACCUAACCAACUACCAAUAUCAACAACAACACAAACAGUGGCUUCAUCAAACGUAUGUAGCGAUUUUUAUUUGGCAUGUCGUCAUAACAACUUGGAUGAAGUUCAAAAGAUACUUCCAACAAUGACACUUGAUAAUGUAGAUCGAAUGGAACCAAACGGUAGUACAGCAUUGCAUGCUGCAUGUUAUCAUGGUCAUCAUAGAAUUGUAAAAUUAUUAUUGGAAAUAGGAGCCAACAGAGCAAUACCGAAUAAGUAUAAAUGUUUACCAUAUGAUGAAGCAAAGAAUGAUGACAUCAAAGAACUUUUUCUUCGCAUGCCGAAUAGUGAUCGACUUGUAUCGAGUACCGGUGCUAUUGAAUGGGAAUUAAUUGAUGAUGAUGACGUCCUGGGAAAAGCAGUGCAAGAACGGCAUAUUAUUAAAUCAUUGUAUGACAAUGUCACCAAGACUACUCCUAUCGAUAAAAUGUUCGAAAACAUUGAAAAAAACUAUAUUAACAAGGGAUUAAAUACUAUCGGUGGUAUUGAAAAAAUCAGACGUUUUUUUCGACAAGCUACUGAAAAAAAAGAUCCAAUAUGGAUAAUCACAGCUUACACAGCUGAAACAGAUUUCUAUAGAGUUUUGAAUACUGAAAUAGCGACUGGUACUACUAAAUAUCAAAGUGAACGAAGAUAUAUUAUAGCAUUAAUUUCACAUCAUCACAGCUUGGAAAAAUUGACAUUUAUUGGUGAUGCUUAUCGAGUGAUGCAAAUAAAUAAUGAUGAUUUGAAAAAAUAUCAAAUUGAUCAUUUAUUAAUGACAAAAUCAUUUUUAUCGUCAUCAAUUGAUCAAAAAAUUGUCGAAUUAUAUGCAUGUCAACAAGACGAAGCGGCACAAUCACAAAUUGGUGUAAAGGCACGUUUGAAAGUCGAUGGAACCAUAAUUAAAUCAUGGAUACUAUGUAAAUAUCGAAUUAAACAUCGACGUACCGCUUUACAUAUUGAAGAUUUGUCACAAUAUGCAAACGAAGGUGAAAUAUUAAUUAUGCCAUAUUCUGUAUUUAAAAUUAAAAAAAUAGAACAAGUUCAACUUUCAUUUUCCAAGAAUGUUCAAUAUGUCACUGAAAUCGAUCUAGAAGAAUGUGAUCAAUAUUUACAAACAUAA